AUGCCACGUGCCCCACCUCAGAACCUUUCCCGAUCCUUCAACACCCGCUGUACAGGGAUAUUCAAAAAAGCAGCGGAGCUCCAUCAGAUUGAUGAUAGGGUUCGGAUAUCGAUUGUCGUGGAGAAGCCUGGAGUUACACCUCUUGUCUUUACUACAGACGAAAGAGGACAGAACUGGCCACCCUUCGUCGAGGACUACGUCAAGAGAAAGCAUCCCUUAAUCAAACGGCCCUCCCACUACCAAAGCGUUAUCGAUGGUAUCUCGCGUGGCCAUGUGCAGAUUGUCUGCACACCUUCUCUUUCUCCACCUCCGCCCUACAUACCUGAGAAUGCCACUGAAGGUGGAGGAAUGGAUGCAGAAGGUUACAUGGAAGCGGGUGGAUUCUCAGACAGCCGUCAAGGUCUCCAGCAGCCGGGAGAGGGGUGGUAUCUUCCCACAACCCCGCCUCGACCUAUGCCAAGCCGAACAUCUACGUCUAGUCCGUUGCCAAAGAACUUCAUCCUUCCAUCCAAGAUGAACGCAUAUCCUGAAUAGGAUCUGUGUUUUGCUUAGCAUAUAGGAUAAUUGGUGUGGUAACGUCCCUCCCUGAGUGCUGGGACACCCGCCGUGCUAGGACAAAUGAGGGGUACUUUGACUUUCAGCACUUCGCUUUCUGCGCGCACGCUAAAAUUCUUGAGAAUACUAUGGUAGUCGUAUACUAGAGCCAUCUGUUAACCCAUUUUAACACAUCUAAAU